CGCAACACAGACACACUAUGAUAUUCCUGAGGUUAAAAUCCAAUGGGAUAUCCCAUUGGCAAUGACCCAGAGUCAUUAUUCAGUUUCAGUAGACCGAAAACACACACGAUGAUGAAACGCUUGCUCUUUUCUAAUGCCAUUUGGACCAAUCAAACUCCAAAACUGUUGUUUACCUCGUCGUAUAGCUAGAAAAUGGCGGAGGGUGCAGAAAAACCACGGAACUUGGAGGAAUAUGAAAAUCUUGCUCGGAAACGAACGGCCCAGACAUACUUCCAGUACUAUAAUUAUCCAGGCACAGCCGGUCAGACCUCCACGGAUAGUAUAGCCGCAUUUAAAAGGUAUAGAUUCAGACCUCAGUUGAUGAAUGAUGUGUCUACUCGAAAGCUUUCAACAACUCUUUUAGGGAAACCUGUCUCUCUUCCCAUCGGGGUCGCACCCACAGCCUUUCAUCGCUGGGUCGACACAAAUGGAGAGAUAUCUACAGCCAUAGGUGCUUCGGCAGUCGGUUCCGCAAUGAUCCAGAGCAGCUUCUCUGCCAAACACGUGCGAGAUGUGCGAGCUGCUGUUCCUCAUGGCGUGCUCUGGAAGAACAUCCACAUCUGGAAAGACCGACGCAUCACCAAGGCCUUGAUCAAGGCAGCUGAAGAGGCGGGAUACGAUGCCUUGGUGAUUACGGUAGAUUCCCCUAUGACAGCAGUGGAUACUGAUGAAUUCCGACGGAACUAUAUGUUAUACAACCACAGGGAUAUGAGGUACCCCUUGAUGGAUCUUGGCUUAGAGGAGCAGGAAGAAGCAAAGAGACAAGGAGAUGAAAACAUGAUCCUGUACUUCGCUUCACAGUACGACGCCAGUGUAACAUGGAAAGACAUACAAUGGUUGAAGACACUCACAUCGCUUCCUAUCGUAUGUAAAGGGAUACUUACAGGGCGAGCUGCGAGGCAAGCCGUCGAGGCAGGAGCUAAUGGUAUCAUUGUGUCAGCCCAUGGCGGGCGUCAGCUUGAUGGAGUUCCGGCUUCGAUUGAUGCAUUAGCUGAAGUAGUAGAAGCAGUUCGUGGGCGUAACGUAGAGGUAUACAUGGACGGAGGGAUACGGAAUGGAACCGACGUCCUGAAGGCUCUUGCAAGAGGGGCAAAGGCAGUAUUCGUAGGGCGACCUAUUCUAUGGGGACUGGCUUGCGGGGGGGCGGCUGGAGUGGAGCACGUUUUAACAAUCUUACGAACCGAAUUGGACUUUGCCAUGGCAUUGUGUGGUUGUUCGGAUGUAAAUGCCAUUCCAUCAGAUGUCGUCGUUCACGAAUCCUUCUACAAUAUUUCCAAAUCCAAAUUAUAACAUUCGCAUUGACGGCUUCGAAUAGACCAUCUGACGAGAAGCAUCGAUUCCUAUUAUGGUGUACAUGGUGUUGAUUUUUUUUACCUAAUUGCUAAGAAAGCAAGCAACCAGAGGAAAGGUGGCUUAAGAUCUUCUCCGAGGGACCUGGUAAUGAGGAUAAAUGCAUUACCAUAGGGCACCAGCGCACCAAGUGGGGUCAUCGGAAUCCCCCCCCCCCCCCCUCUACGACUGAGCUAUAUCCGGUCUCUUAGAC